CCGCGUCGCGCCGGCAGACGAUAGUGACGUGAAAAUGGUAGGAGGCCAAAAAAACGUCUGCAUUUCUGUCCCAAACCACCGGCCAUCAUUUUACAAAGUCAACUAUCACCACAGACGAUCCUCGUCGCAUCUCUUAAUCCCUGGCCCGUUAUUUCGUUCCAUCCCUUCUCUCCUCGCGGCCGCGAGCUUCAUCCCUUCAUCAGUCAGCCUCAAGCAGAUGUGACGCACAUCGCCAUUGGCGUCGGGGCCUUUGUCGUCAUCCAGAUUCAUUCCCAUCCAAUGUCUCUAGCCUCAUCCCCUCCGCGGGACAUCAUUGAGCUUCUCGCGCGUCGCAACCUCACCAGCAUCCCCAAGGACCAGCAGGUGCUGCUGGAUAACCCAGACUCAUGGGCGAUUGACCUGAAGGGUAAGCCUCACGGGCUAGUCAACGUCCCUGGUCAUGUCUUGGAGACGACCAAAAAGGCGUAUAUCGCCCAGACAUCGGCAACAACAGAGCCUCAAACACAGCUACAAGUACAGUCACAAGUACAACUGUCAUCACAGUUGCCACUGCCGUCAACGACAAGAGACAGCAGCCCUUCAGGGCCAACGAGCAGUCACGAUGUUCAACCCACCCAAAAUGGCCACUCGGAAGACCCUUUAGAACUGAGGGAAGAGUUCAUCGAGUGGUCAGUAUCGCCGGAGCGGGAACCUCGUCUCCCCCAACUCCCGCAGAUACCCGUCGAGUCCUCCAUCGUUCGUGAAACACCAAAAGCUGCACCCAUGGCCCCUCCACCACGGCCAGCUCUCCCCUUCAGCUUCCCUUCCUCGGACGGGCCGGAGGAGGAUCUGGAAGUGGAUAUCCCCCAACCCCAGCUUCUCCAAGAUACUCCUGUCAAUCGGGCAGCUGCUCGCCUCCAAGCAACUGUGGAUUUCCCAACCCCCUCUGGAACCAAUCCCAUGGCCACUCCGCCAUGCGCACAGCCAAGUCAUCCCACGCAGCCUACCAUUCCGAACACUGUUGUGGCGGGCAAACCUGCGGCUGAAUUUGUUCCACCGGAACAACGCCGCGAACGCCGCAUGAAGGCCAUCCAAUUCAAUGACAAGACUCCAAGGAAAAUCCAACCUGGAUUGAAUAGACUCGCUCCAACCAAGACAUUUACGGAGAUCGAGAGCUCUGAUUCAACAUCUCCUUCCUCCAUCAUUCCUGCCACAUUUGAAGAACCCCCAACUCAGGGCUCUGUUCUACAGUCCGUUGAGACCAGCAAAGACAUGGAUAUGGACGAUGCGUAUGAUCAGGAGGAAAACGACGACAUGGAAGUGAUCAUUGAACAAUCACAAAUUCAGGCACCCGUAUCUGGCUCCUACCAAUCUGAGCGAGCUUCUCAGCACUUCCCGCCACCAUUCCCACAGAUAACCCUUAGUGGGGAUAUUGAGCCUUUCAAGGUCUUCACAAUGGUAUAUCCAACGUACACGGAAAACCAUUCGGGUACCCUUUGGGAUUUUAUCAAGACUUGUGUCUAUCUCGACUGGCUCCGGAGGCGCCGACAGCUCCGGGACUACCUUUAUGAUGAUUUCAUCCGAGCAUUUGCGAACUACCAAGUCUACGUCAGGAAUGCCAGGGCAGGACAGGAAGCGCUCGUCGCCAUUGAAUGGUUCAACAAUUUGUCCGGGCCGCCGGUCUUCAACAAUAUGGUGGUAACCAAGGAAAACCUUAGCUACAUCCUCGAUUCAUAUCCAAAGGAAGUGGCCAAGGCCAGCAAGCUCAUUGUCGAAGAGGACGGGUCCGAUGAAGAAGUUAUUGAGACAAGGCAGGCACCCCUCGGCCUAGAUGGAAUAAUGGACGUUGACCGCCGUGAAACGUUGCGGCGACCAAUCUCAACACCAGCAUUGACGAGUGCAUCACGACCUCGUGGGAUCUUAACUCAGGCUCCCCCACCCCCCUCUCCCUCCUGGAACUCAACCGCUCUCCCGUCGACGGUUGCAACGCCUGCCACCAGGACCAGACCUUCUCGUGCAUCUCAGUACUUUGGGAGACUCGCAUCAGGCGUCAAUUCGAGCUCGACCCCACGAAGGCGCACCGUAGAAGAGCGUGCAAAACUCAGGGAGCACUUUUUGAGGAGGAAGAGCGCUGACUCUCGGAGUGUGACGAGCAGCAGGUUUCGACAGUGACAGGACGGCGAUACUUGUAGAGAGUGGGGCAUGCCUAGUGUCAUCUUGCGUUUUGGCGUUUAUAAAGCUGGAGAGCGUCUCGGAGUUUGUAAUACUAUUGAUACCCGGUAUAGCAUUGCUACUUGUUAUUCUGUCGAGGAAUCCUUCAGGAAAGGACACGGAGUGUGGGGCUAGCUUGAUACGUCUCCGUUGAUAGAGAAGAACAAUCAAUCAAUUGCACACGGCUCAGUAAAAA